CCCGUCUACAUCAUCAUAUUUGUAAUCAGCGCUGCAUACAUUGCAAGUUGGAUCUAGAUCGGGAUCGUCUGCUCCUUCCAAAGCCCCGAAUCAUCCAACAUGCCUGAGAUCACUAUUCUCAAGCGACCGAGGGAGGAAGCUGUGAUAACUCAGCGGAUGUUCUUCAAAAAGACUGCCCGGGGAAAAGUUAUCAAAGUUCUACGCGAACGGUACCUUCGAAACGAUAUAUCUUGCGGUGUUGACGGCUGUAGGGCAUGCGAUGCAACAGCGCAGACCGUCCUUCCGCGUUCUGGGGAUACCACCCACAAAAACUUCCCCGCUGGGCACUAUAUCCUGCCUGAUACCAAUGUGUUUCUUGCACAGAUGGACUUGAUCGAAUCAAAUUAUUUCACGCCCCCCAUCAUCAUCCUACAGACCGUUAUGGAGGAAGUUCGUCACCGGUCAUUACCCUUGUAUAGUCGCCUCAAGGCUCUCACAACAACUGACGAGCGGAAAGUAUGGGUGUUUUAUAAUGAGUUCAGGUCAGAGACUGCCAUCGUGCGAGAACAAGACGAGACGCCAAAUGACCGGAAUGAUAGAGGCAUCAGGAAAGCUGCAGAAUGGUACAACGCGCAUCUAACACUGGCACACCCUCCGAUCCGAGGGCAACCAAAUUCAACGCUACCCAACGUUGUAUUGAUCACAGACGACUUUGCAAAUCGUCAAAAAGCAAACAACGAGAAAAUUCCAACCAUUUCAGUUCGCAGUUAUGUGGAGGGCAUGAAAAAUUCGGAUCAACUUCUCGAUUUACUUUCGGCGACUGGCUCAGACGAACUGGAGCCCACCAGAGUUGUUGCAGGGCGUACCGCGCUAUAUGCUGAUUAUCUUCCUAUGUCCACCCUCUUGGCUGGUGUCAAAGCCGGUCAACUCCAUCAAGGUCACUUCAACGUUAACCAAUAUAACUACCUCGAGGGUACCGUUCCUGUCCAUACGUUCACGAAACCUGUCCUUCUAGUGGGCAGGGAAAAUAUGAACCGGGCAGUUCAGGGGGACGUCGUGGUGGUCGAAGUCUUCGACGAAAAAGAAUGGAAAGCACCGGCUGAUGAGGUUAUUGACCAGGAUGCGACACUUAAAAACGACGACGCAGAGGACUCGGAAGAAGAGGGCGAUGACCUGAUGGUGCAUGAGCAUGAAUCCAAGGCUCUUCGCGCCCAACAUGCGAAAAAGGCUCCUACAGAGAAGCAGCCGACCGGUCGAGUCGUCGGCAUCAUAAAGCGCAACUGGAGAGCAUAUGUUUGUCACAUCGACUCUACAAGUCUCACCUCAAGUAAUGCUACAUCACUUGGGCUUCAAACAGUGUUUGCUACUCCAGUCUCGAGACUUCUACCUCGCAUCCGUCUACGUACGCGCCAGGCGCCGUCACUCAUUGGAAAUAAAAUCUUGGUAACAAUCGACCGGUGGGAAAUCACUUCACGUUAUCCGGAGGGUCAUUUUGUCCGUACGCUUGGAAAGGCAGAAAGCAAAGAGGCCGAGCAAGAGAGUCUCUUGUUGGAGUUUGAGGUUCCAUAUAGGCCCUUCGGAAAGGCGAUUCUCGACUGUCUGCCGCCAGAAGGCGAACAAUGGGUUGUCCCGCCUAAGAGUGCUGCGAGUUCGGAAUGGAGAGACCGUACAGACUUGAGAGAUCUCAUUGUCUGCAGUAUAGAUCCCCCAGGCUGUCAGGACAUUGAUGAUGCCUUGCACGCACGCCGUUUGACGAAUGGCAACAUCGAAGCUGGCGUUCAUAUCGCCGAUGUGUCUCACUUUGUCCACCCGGACACUGCAAUGGAUAAUGAGGCUUCUGCUCGUGGAUCUACGGUCUACCUUGUCGACAAGCGCAUUGACAUGUUGCCAGCGCUUCUUGGGACGAACCUGUGCUCCCUCAGACCGCAUGUUGAGCGAUUAGCGUUCUCAGUCAUCUGGGAAAUGACCGAAGAUGCUGAAAUAGUAGAUGUCCGUUUCACAAAAUCUGUUAUCGCAUCCAAAGCUGCAUUCGAAUACGGAGAGGCGCAACUUCGGAAAGAUGACCCAAAACUCAAUGACACACUCACGCAAAGUAUCCGACUACUGAACUCUCUCGCGCAGAAACUGAAAGCUAAGCGGAUGGCGGCUGGCGCGCUCAACCUCGCGUCGCCUGAGGUCAAGAUUCACCUCGACAGCUCCGAGUCGUCCGAUCCGGUAGAUGUGGAACAAAAGGCGUUACAUGAGACGAACUCUCUGGUUGAAGAAUUCAUGUUGCUGGCCAAUACUAGCGUAGCGAGAAAGACGCAAGAAUCUUUCCCGCAAACAUCUGUACUGAGACGGCAUCUGCCUCCACCACCCACAAACUUUGAGAAAUUGCAAGACAUCUUGCAAAAGCGAAAGGGACUCAAACUUGACGUCUCCAGCUCAGGUGCACUAGCAGAUUCUCUUGACAAAUGCUUGGAUCCAAAAGAACCCGCUUUCAAUACAUUGGUGCGCAUCAUGGCGACGAGGUGUAUGCUGUCUGCGGAAUAUUUCAGUUCCGGCAGUGUCUCUCGAGAUACGUUCGGGCAUUACGGUCUUGCAAGCCCAAUUUAUACACAUUUUACCAGUCCUAUUCGUCGCUUCGCGGAUAUCCUUGUGCACCGCCAGCUCGCUGCCGCUAUUGGAUAUACACCACUGCAUCCAACUCUUCACUCCAAAAUGCACGUUGAGCGCAUCAUGGAGGUUGUCAAUAGGCGUCACCGGAUGGCACAGAUGGCUGGUCGCGCUAGUGUCGAGUUCUACGUCGGACUGGCUCUAAAAGGCCGAAAUGAGAGGGAAAAGGAGGUGACCGAGGAUGCCUUUGUUAUUAGGACGUUCCGGAAUGGUCUCGGGGUGUUCGUGUCCAAACUUGGACUCGAGGGUCUGGUGAUGUUCAAGCGGGACACGCAGUUUGAUGCGGAGAACUACACCAUCAGUGUCCCUUCUUCUGAUAUUGGGCGACCGGAUGUGACGAUAUCCGUUUUCGACAAGGUGACUGUGAGGAUCGAGGUUGAGAAGGAUAAGAAUACUCAGAGAGGGCGGGUUAAGAUGACGCUUGUCAGCCCCGUGGAUUCAAGGGCAUUGUAAAUGUAUGAAUUGAUAUCAAGUUGAUAUCUUCCUUGGUUAUCUGUCGCUAUUGCGCGCAAGUUUGGUGGAUCAAUCAUGUAUAUGCAUGGCGUCCAUACGAAUUGCUUCUGCGGGAUCAAACAUUGUCUUUCAUCAUGCGUAUCGUAUGAAAAUACGGGCGCGUGCAAAGAGGACCACAA